GUUGUUGUGCAUUUGAGGAUUUGUGCGCUUGCUGAAGCUCAGCCCAACUCAGCUCACCUCAGCUCAGCCUUAGCUCAGUGUUCAGUGUGAAAGCUAUAAAAGCGCACCACAGGCGGACGGACGCCACCAGUUGAACGCGAACGGGCAUUUGGAGACAAUCGUUAUUAUUGAAUGGCAGUAAACAACAAUAGCAACCAUAAUAGUAGCAGCUGAAGAGGAAGUGCCUGCCUUGUGGAUUAACUAAAUAGUAGAAAAUAGUGUUUGUGAAUGCUCAAAGCAAGCAUAGUGAACUACUAAGUGUGCAUACAUACAUACAUACAUACACACACAUACUUGGUUGUGUAUAUGACAUGAAGAGGGUGGAAAGCGCUAAUUAAGUGGCAUAUGUACCUAUAUACAUACAUACAUACAUACAGUAAAAUAUUUUAAUACAAAUGCUGGUGCCCGAACCGUUUCUACAUACAAUUUAUGCAAUAUUAUACAAUAUUAUCUAUCGUGUGCGAAUGUCUAUGUAUGUGUACUAAUUAAUUGUGCACUAUUUAAUGGCCAAAGGACUUAAUUAAUCGUUGUCUGCGAAGAUUUGAACGAAAAGCGUAUGCGGAAAGUGUAAAAAUACACACACACACAAACAAACAAAUACGAAAUUAAAAGCUUAUUAAGUGAAAAUACAAUAAAAAUAUCGUAAAAAAUUAAAAUAAGUAUAAAGAUUAUUAAAAAAAAGUAAUUGAAUUAAGUUUACCGCGUUAGAGUAAAGUGUACGUCAAUAUGUCACUGGAAGUUUUAAAGGAUCACGUCCUGAUUUCGCCCAGCAGCGUUUUCUAUUUUCUGCUGUUGCCCACUUUUCUGCUAUGGCUAACUUACUGGCGUCUAUCGCGACGCCAUCUCUACAAGUUGGCCGAUCGUUUGCCGGGACCUAAAGGAUUGCCCAUUAUUGGACACUUGUUGGACGUAUUCGGACCGGCAUCAUCGGUUUUUAAAACCGUCAUUCGCAAAAGCUCCGAAUUUGAAAAUAUCGCCAAAAUGUGGAUUGGUCCACAGCUGGUCGUUUUCAUUUACGAUCCACGUGACGUUGAAAUUUUGCUGAGCAGCCAAGUUUACAUAGACAAAUCAUCCGAAUACAAAUUCUUCAAGCCAUGGCUCGGUGAAGGAUUACUCAUUAGCACAGGUGCGAAAUGGCGCGCUCACCGCAAGCUGAUCGCUCCCACAUUUCAUUUGAAUGUACUGAAGAGCUUCAUUGAUCUAUUUAACGAGAACUCACAGCUCGUGGUGCGUAAAUUGCGUGCCGAGGGUGGAAAAACAUUUGAUUGUCACGAUUACAUGAGCGAGGCGACAGUGGAGAUCUUACUUGAGACGGCAAUGGGUGUUUCGAAGAAAACCCAGGACAAAUCGGGCUAUGAGUACGCUUUGGCCGUUAUGAAAAUGUGCGAUAUACUACAUUUGCGCUCUCGCAGUAUUCUACUACGAAAUGAAUUCAUCUUCACGCUCUCCAGAUAUUAUCACGAGCAAGGUAAAUUGCUGAAUAUCAUACACGGACUCACGACGAAAGUAAUCAAACACAAGAAGGCCGCAUUUGCUAACGGUACACGCGGUUCGCUGGCCCAACAAGAAGCGACAGCUAAAAAAAUUACACCACCACCCACACCAAAAGCAGCAACAAAAGAAGAAGACCUAAAAAACACAAAAGAAACAUCCGUUGAAGGUUUGUCGUUUGGACAAGCGGAGGGUUUGAAAGAUGAUCUGGAUGUCGAGGAGAAUGAUGUGGGCGAGAAAAAACGUUUGGCCUUCCUCGAUCUGUUGUUGGAGAGCGCACAAAAUGGUGCUUUACUCAACGAUACCGAAAUCAAAGAACAGGUCGAUACGAUUAUGUUUGAGGGACACGAUACCACCGCAGCCGGUUCAUCAUUCUUUCUCUCGUUGAUGGGCAUACAUCAGGGUAUACAGGAUCGCGUAAUUGCCGAGCUGGACGAAAUAUUCGGUGACUCAGAUCGGCCGGCUACAUUUCAGGACACCUUAGAAAUGAAAUAUAUGGAACGUUGCCUUAUGGAGACGUUACGCAUGUAUCCACCGGUGCCGUUGAUAGCACGUGAACUACGGGAAGACUUAAAAUUGGCAUCCGGACCAUAUGUUAUACCACGUGGUGCCACCGUUACAGUGGCUACAGUCAAAUUGCAUCGCAAUCCAAAGGUCUAUGAGAAUCCAAAUAUAUUCAAUCCCGAUAACUUUUUGCCCGAACGUCAAGCCAAUAGACAUUACUAUGCCUUUGUGCCGUUCUCAGCGGGACCGCGGAGUUGUGUUGGCCGUAAAUACGCCAUGCUUAAACUGAAAAUACUCCUAUCGACCAUUCUGCGAAACUAUCGCGUCUAUUCGGAUUUGACCGAGGCCGAUUUCAAGCUACAAGCCGAUAUCAUAUUGAAACGUGAGGAGGGCUUCCGUGUACGCUUGCAGCCGAGACAGCCCAAACCGAAGUCAAAAUAAAAGACUCAACCGUCUAAUAAUUUUAUAAUUCUACUAGGUUUUGGAUUUACAAUACAUUCAAAUAUAUAUACAUAUAUUUUUCACAUACUUGAGGUUAAAUGUUCUUUUUUGUGAAAAUAAAUAAAACCGCAUUUAUUUAGACAGGAAGAAAUACACGUCCUUUGACUGACUGUACUGUUUUAACCCAAGUAAUAAAUGUUUGUGUCAAUAAAUUACCAAAUAUCACUUUAAUUACCUAAAAUAAUAAUUUUAACAGCCUAAUGUCGAGAAUAUUCCAAGUUCAUGCUAUUUUGAUAAUUUUCACGCCAGCUAAAAAUUAUGUGUCUCCAUCAAAAAUUAACCUCACAAUUUUUAGAAUUUUAAUUUUGUUUAAAAAUUUUGUGGCAACUCCUAAAAUAAACCGCACAAUUUUUAACAAUUUUGCGUCAACUAAAAAAUUACCUGGCAACAUCUGAAAUGUCAAACGCAUCAGCUGUUUAUGAUGUAAAACGGACAAAGCUAUACCGAAAGAAUCAGAUUGUAAACAAAAAGCCAAGUGUACAAAUGGGAUUCCAAAAAAUUUUAGCAUAUCAAAUUACAAGUUAAUGGCAGAAAUCGCUUAUGUAGCCGUAGUUGACAUUAAGCUGCACAAAUCGACAAGUACGGAAUAUAUCAGCCACAUAAAUAAGAAUGAAAGCAAAAUGUGAAGAAGGCAUAAACUCCUAAAUCACCCAAGGAUUUGUUGAUGUACUCAAUUGCACAAAUGUAAUACUUUUGACCAGAGAAAUUAACGAAAUUUCAGUUGGAAUGUAAACCCGAUUUUGGUUAUCCUAAGGUUCUUAUUACUAGGGUCCUGCAACCAAUGUAUAAAAGUAUUAGUUGAAUGAAAAUCUUUGUAACGAACAUCUAUUUGCAGGACAAGUCGGCCAAUCACCUCCGAACUAUGUGAUAAACAUUUGCAAGGCUCUCAGUUCAAUCCGAUCAAAAGGAUUUAAAUUCGAUACGGACAUAGACCAUCACUUAUUAUUAUUUCAAGCCUUUUUAAACUGCGGCAAAAAUUAAGUACUUUCAGUCAUGUUGUUGUUGCAGCGAGUACACUGCUUGGAGGAAAGUUAGCUGUCAUCGAAGUCACUUAACGCAAAAAAACGAACGUUCCAAAACAGUCUAGUCAAUGGAAUGAACUUAAAAGGUUAUCGCUUCUCUAGAUAUCUUCAUCAAAAUUAAUUCAGAAUAUUUAUUUCACAAAAUGCAGACGGCGGAACUGAAUUGGUAUAAGUGUUUGGACAGGAAAUAACUUCCCGGAAAUUAUUAAAAGGAUAUUGAUGCGAAAAUAUCGAACGACAGUUAAAUGUACAUAAUCGUAACGUAUUCGGAUUUUUAUCAGACAGCGACUGGCGACCCGCUACUUCAUAUCCCCAAAAAGUUAUUUGAGGAUCGUUUUCUGUCGCUACCACAAUGGAGUCAUGUCACUUAACUAAACUCAGAUGAAGGAUAAUAUGAAUCGAGCGUCGUCAGUAGUUACAGUAUUCUUAGCUAUUAACAGUUAAAAUUAUUUACUGAUAUUUUUAAAUACCGAUAUAUGGUUAAGAGUGGUGUUGUAAAAUGAAAUUAACAAGAAGAUGUGUAAUGAGAAAAAUGAUAGUAACAUAUGUACUUCCACACGAUCAAUGUAAAUUUUACCUGCAAAGAAACAAUAAAAACUCAGAUUGUUGAAAUGUUAGAAUA